AUGGAGAUUGCUAAGCUGAAGAAGAGCGUGGCUAAAGGACGUGCCCCGCUGAUGGAGGAAGUGCGUCCAGAGUUGGAACGCGGUUUUGAGGAGAAUUUAGCCAAGCAAAGGGAGGAGUUGAUGGCAGAGAAGGAAGCCCAUAGGACGGCCGUGGAAGAGCAAGAUAGGCUUCAAACGAAGCUUCAGCAAUCUAAGGAGAUUGAGAAGACUUUGUUAGAGGAGCAGGAGUCACUCCGCGAGGAGGUAGCUGCCCUGAAGCUCGACAAGACCUCUCUAUUAGAGAACCGCGAGUCAGACUUGGCCGCUGCUCGAGCCGAGGCAGGUCCCGCUUACUUGAGGUAUGCAGAGUUCCAAGCCCUCGAUAGAGAGAAGUAUCAGAAGAUCGUCGGAGAUGUUGUGGCCGCUAUUCUUCACUUGUUCCUUCAGGAGCAACCUGAGGUGGUUUGGGACACGAACUUGGUUUGGGAUGCGAUUGGUGAUUGGACUGAUGCCGAUGUAAAUUCGGAGGCUGAUGAUGGGGAAGAUGAAGAAGGAUGUGAUGUGGAGGACGGUGGUAAUGGGAGCGAGAGGUUGCAGAGCGUCUGA